AUGGACUCCUGUGUUGCUCGCCAACCCGUAGACGGGUCUAGCGCCCUGGUCGCACGGUACGAAUUCGGUAAGAAAGCCUUUUUCCUCAUAUCUAAGACUGGUUCACACGAUGCUUGGCUUGACUACUUCAAUCAAGAAAUCGGAUCUAUCUGGCUCUUCGCCCUCCCAUCUCCUGACGCAUCCCUCUCCCUAACAAAUGGAAGAUCGCUCUCGAGUUCAAGAGCGGAGCCCACAGCGGCUACUAAUAAGGACCACGACUGGAAGAAGCUGAUCGGAUUUGGAAUAUGUAAUAUCGGGCGACCGAUUCAGGAUAAUCCUACCUUGCGCAUUAUUGUCGAGGCUCUGCAAGAUGCGGAGCUUUUGAUAUAUUACUUAAAGGACGGGCGAGGAGGGCGUCAUUGGAUAAAGAAGGCGCUCAUGGCCCUUCAGCCUUUUAUUCGCGAGGCUCCCAGGGCUCGAAAAAUGCAUGAGGAGGCAGAUGACCUCAUGCGGCAGUGCUGGCUGUCCAAUGGCAAGAAUACUGGGGUAUACGGCUGGGAGGAUGAGCCGACAAAUCGCCUUAACAUUGUUGAGGGCGUGUUCGGACCCUCGAUUCUCUGA